AUGGUAAGUUUUUUUGCCGCAUUUGGUGGUACUUCUUUGAUAUUUUAAACUGUCAAAAGAUGAAUUUAUAUUUAACUUACUCUUUAAACUGCUGAGCAGCAGAAAUGCACGUUUGAAGUCUAGUUAAAUGCUGUCAUGUGUAAGUCAUAGCUGGCAUGAAUGCAUUUGAGCUUUAUUAUGCUUACUUUCAGCGAUGCUGCGUGCUUGAAAACUUUGUUCUUAUUGUGUUAAAAUAACUUUGUCCCAGUCCAUACGCCAUACCUCUACCUUGCUAAACUUAAUUCUUGAAUUAAGUUCUGACAAAAGCACAGCAAAAGCAUCAUGUCUGAACAAAGGGCUCCCACACAAUCUUUUUCUGUAUUUCAUAUAUAUGCCAACUCUCACCUAUUUAUAUGUCUCAUGCCUGUGGACGAAAGAUGUCGAUCUCGCACAUCAAGGACAAUUUCUCACACUUCACUUUCAAAUCUGGACGAAUAGCAUAGGAUUAAUAAUGAAAAUCGACUCAAUUCCCUUUAAGGUUUUCCAAAAAGGGUGCUUAGUGUUGACUUUGUUUCCUACGUGUAAUAGUAUCACAAUAUGCUAAAAUUGUUGCCUUCAUAAGGGCUUCAGAAAUGCUCAAAACUCUAGACUGUUCACAGUCCCCUAUUUUUCUAAGAUCAAUGAGCGCUUUGCAUUAAGGGCUGCCAUCUUGGAUGAGUGUCAAAACUAAUGUGCUUGAUCUUGACAAUCUUAUGAAAAAAUAGGGGACUGUGAACCGUCUAUUAAAACUUGUGAGGAUGUCUUUGGUCAGAAUGUUAUGGCUCAACCAUUUGAUCUUCUAGUCGGAAUUACUGGUUUCCUUGUGUUAGAGGGUAUCGGUGGGAUAUAUUGGUAGUAGGUGGGUAGUUAAAAUAGGAUUUAGUAAGUUAAUACAUGUGUAUCUAAAAUAUAGUGAUUGCAGUACCAUAUAAUAUUAAUUUUGUUGCAUGCUACAUGGUGGUCAGUUUGUGUUUUGCUAGUUGUAUGUUUACAGUAGCAACAUGUUGACUACCGUCUGCCAGGAAACUAAGGUUGAAAAUCACGUGUCUAAUAUCUGAAAAGUUACCCAGUGCUCUUCAUCCAUUUGUAUCUGAUCCUCACAUUUUUACUCUGCAGACGGACAGAUACAACAUUCACAGUCAACUGGAACAUCGUAAGUUCACUAACAGUCAAUAAUGAAUUCAUUUUAAAAUUAAACUCUCGGUAGACAAACCUCUCUGGAAUACCUCAGGUUAUGCUCUCUUCUUGUUCUUCUUUUCAUGGCUCAAAUUUUAUUGUUUAGUCCAUUAGCAAAGGUUAUGCAAGCAAUUUUUUUUGGCUGAAAAAGCAGUAACUUCAGUAGCUACGUUUUGUCCCUGAGGUUGAGGGUGUUGUAGAAAAGCAAGAUCAUAAUAUACCGUGAAACAAAAACCUGAAAAAGUUGCACACAAAACAUCUCUCACCCAGUAGAGUACAAAUGUGCAGAAAAACUUGCAUAGGUUUGAUGGCCAGUUAAUGCUAUGAAACCAACCUCAUUUCCUCAUGGUAUACAUUCAAUGUAUGCAUACAAGAACACUUUCAUUUCACUCUCAAAUUUUUUCAAGAACAGAAUUUUUCAAGAAAACUUUCAUUUCACUCUUAAUUUUUUACUGGAGAAAUGUUUGCUUGCAAAAAUGUUUGCUAGAGGACAUUUGCUACUUUCAAAAACCAACUAUAUUUUGUGAGUUUUUAAUUGCUGAAAAUCUUGUCUUUAUUAGUUUGUUUGUGUGUACUGCUGUAACAAACAUAUUUUCUCUUUCAUCGUAGUGCAGUCAAAGUAUGUAGGAACUGGGCAUUCAGACACAACAAAAUUGUAAGUGAAUGAAGUUACCUAAAAUCUUGUCACUGAAUUGCAACCAUGCAAAGAUGGCAGCUUUCAAAAUUGAUUGAAGCAAUUGAGUUGUUUGUUAUUGAUCAAAACAUAAUUAUGAUUGUUUUAGUGGGUUGAAAAUCGCUGUGCUGCUUCACUCUUUCAAGUGUUUUUUCAAUGUGGGAAAGCAAAUUCUUAUGUGGAUAUGAAUGUCAUUUCCUUGAUGUGGUGGGAGGAGGUUGUGCCAAGUGGGAUGUUUGUGAAAACUCACUUUGGAAAUAAAGUUCUACUACAAUCUGUAGGAGACAUUGCUGUUUACAAACAUUGUUUUUGUUAUUCAAAUAUGUAAUGAGUAAAACAAAGGAAUCUUUUGUUACAAGAACCAAUGCACUUCUGCUGGCACAUUAAUAUCAAGUAUUGCAAUAGACUUUUUUACUGAUACGGCAGCCAUAUUAAAUUAAUUCGAUUUAAGGAGUAUUAUAGGAUGCCCAGGGGGCAUGAGCACAUUUCGUUUGUAUUUUCGAGCGCUUUUCAGGACAUUUUUUCUUAAAGUUUUCUUAGAAUAAGAUUGUAAUGGGCAAAAUCAUCCUUGUGCCGUCUUUUGAUGUAAUAAUGAUUACCUUUUUUCAAGUUUAGUAUUAGAAAUAUGGACUUUCACUGUAUAUUUCUCGGGAAAAGGGUGAUCAUUAUUACAUCAAAACAUGGCACAAGGAUCUUUUUGCCCAUUACAAUCUUAUUCUAAGAAAACUUUAAGAAAAAAUGUCCCGAAAAGCGUUCGAAAAUGCAAACGAAAUGUGCUCAUGCCCCCUGGGCAUCCUAUAAUACUCCUUAAAUCGAAUUAAUUCAAUAUGGCCACCGUAUCGGUAAAAAGGUCUAUUGACGGAAUGUUUUGAGAGGAUUUGAUAGCUCAAGCUUAGAUCUUGGUAGUAGAAUAACACCAACAUCUACAGGAUAGUCCCUUCCCUAGCUAAUGUGUUUUUUGUUUGUUUGUGUCUUUUAGUGAGUGGCUAGUCAAUCAACACAGAGACAGUGCAGCAUCCUACAUUGGCCACUACAAUCUACUGGAUUACUUUGCCUUAGUAGAAAAUGAAUCAAGGGCUAGAACAAAGUUUAACCUUUUAGAGGUAGUGUGUUGAAUUAUUUUGACUGAAACUUAUAUAUUACCAGUUAUUUUUUUAAUGUUGUUUGUUUGAAAGCUUAAUUAACUUGAAAUGUCUUUAUUCAUCUCUUUUGCUACUUGUGUGACUUUUCUAGAUUCCCUAUAAGAAGAGGUGUAUUAUUAAAUUAUAAUUUUUUGCACUUCAUACUCUAUGCACGCCUGCCUGUCACUUUAACUGUUUCUUUUCAUCCAGAAAUAGGCAGCAUGCAAAAAGUAAAAAAUAGACUAUGGAACAAAAAAGAAGAGAAGACUUGUUCAGCCAACAUCUUAUUUUUAUGUCAUAUUUUAUAUUCUGUGAACUGAGAAAUUCUUCCUUAGGUGGUCAGCCUGAGUAAAAUUCAAGCCUAUGAAUUAUUCGAAGUUACCUUAUCACCAUUUGUUUAAGCAACUGUACUUACCAGCAUAAUAACCUGCUUUACUGUAGAAAAUGCUGCAACCCUGUGGCACACCACCACACAGACCUGAUCAAGAUUAGCCCAGCCAACCAUAUUUAAAGGUGAGCAUUGGUGUGUGUUUUCAUGUUAAAAAAUAACGUGACGGUGUACUUUAGGUGUCUUUAUAUUCUGUGGACUGUCUCUUGUUGGCUUUUAAAGUUUUUGUUGUUGUGAAUGUAACACAUUAGUGGCAGCGACAGUCCAAGAAGAAAAAUAAGAGGCUACUAGUAAUUUUAUUUUUGUGUUACCCUUACAUUGCACAAAUGUGGUGGUCAUUAUAUAGAGACCUUAUGAUUCUAGGACGAGGAAAACUAUGCGAUUUUCUCAAUACUAGGUAGUAAUUGGGCGUGAACCAGCGUCAUUUUGGAGAGAAAAUGCAAGUAGCUGUCAUCAUUCUACUUACUCCGAGUGUUAAUGAAGCUGUUGUAGUGGCAGAAAUAAUGCUUUAUCAAUGGUUAGAAGUUUUAUCAUUUUUCAAUCAGGAGAGAAGUUAACCUCCUUCACUAAAAAUAACCGUGCUAACUUUUCUGUGAAAAAAAAUAAUAAAAAAUAACCAUCGUGAAGCUUUUCGGGGUGUAUGUUAGAGACCUUUAGAUUCGAGAACGAAAACAACUACGAUUAAGAGAUUUGAUUUAACGAUGGAAUUCUUCUUUGUACUUUUUUCACCAGAAAAGUUAGCACUGUUAUCAUUAUGGAAGGGAGUUGCGCCCUCUCCAGAUUACAAAAUGCUAAAAUUUCUAACAUUUGAUAACUUUUUCCGUCACUACGGCACUCUCGUUAAAACUCGUUGUAGAAUGAUGACGGCUACCACAUUUUCUCGCCAAAAUGAUGCUUCCUUACGCGUGAGCACUACUUAUUAUUGAGAAAAUCUUGUACUCGUAGUCAUUCUCGUCUUAGAAUCUAAAGGUCUCUAUUGUUGAGAAUAUGCGAAAAACCUUUCAUGUAAUGUCGGCCUUGUAGUCUUCCUGGUUCUUGAAUCUAAAUGCCUCUAAUGCUUGGAGCACUGAUAACAAAUUUUCAUCAUUCAAAAAACAUUUACAAGUUUUUUAGUGUGAUGACGGGAUAAAAUUACAGCGCAUCAAGAAACAGAGUUUCUAUUGGAUAAGAUUAUUAAAGUUCUUUUUUUUUACUAAAAAAAUCUCCUAAAAUGUGGACAGUCAUUCACCCAGUCUCUUUUCUUCACACCUUGGCCAUUUUACACCUCCAGUUGCGUGUAUAGCCGUUUUUUUCUUUUUUACGUUUCAUUGGAUGGACUAAGAAAAAACGGCUGCUGUAGCCUGCUGUAGAUAUUAUUUGUGAGCAUAGAGACAGAGCCUUAAGUUGUUUCUCUGAGAAUCAACAUAAGUGUUUGCAUGGCAUAAGAGCGAUGGAAUAUUUUGAAAAAACAACAAUCAUGUCUAUGCGUUAUAAUAUUAAGAGGCUUGGUUAUGGCUUGAGAAAGUUUUGGAUUCUUUGCACCUGAGAACUUGGUCAUUUUAGGGGACAAAGAUUACCAGGAUAGGUUUUCUCUUGUCCUAAUCAUUAUUUUUUGUUUUGCCUUUUUUCCAGAUUCUGUUCAAUGUUUCGUCUUCGCCCUCACCAGAAUGUGUUUGAUUACGUAAUCGUUCACGUUGCUAUGGACACAUAUUGUCACACCUGUGCAUAUCAAAAUGCCGCCUAGGCUCUUCCUGCAUUUUAGAUAGAAAGAGACAUCACUCUAAAAUGCACCUUUAAGACUUCUUUUAAACGGUUUUCUAUUUGAAUGGUCUCAGUCUAAAAAGCUUUUUAUUUUGCCGUAGUUGAGCUUAAUAUGCAAUUUUUCUCAUAGCCUGUAAAGUCAUGUAAGUAAUUUUCUCUCAUAAUUAAAUAAAAUAUGACUUCAAAUGUGGACGUUGACUUUGGAUCCUGUAAAAUGACGAGUCAAACUGAACCGAAAAUACGUUUUUGAACAAGAGAAACAGGAACCUGGAUUAAAAUUUAACGCCCCGGGUUAGCGAUAAUCGGCCUUUGAACAAAUGCGCCCCUUAGAACCAUAGGACCAUGGGCAUGAUUAACCUCCUUGUCAGGGUAUCACUUCUCAAUACCGCCCAUGACUGGGGCAUUACGAACUGACUUACAAUUUUAGCAACCUUGUGCAGUACAAUAAGCAGCGUUUCUGGCAAGUACUGCUGAUUAGGAGUCUUGCAAGAGUUUGAAUCGUCUUCCAUGACCCACGGUAUAAAAUAUGAAGGGCUUUUAAUUAAAGUGUAAAAAUCCCAUCGAUUAACACCUUUUAAUUUCAGCCCGCGAGCGUUAAUUAAGCUUAUUCGCCAUUUCACAGAGGUGUGAGAGUAGAUUUUUGCUCAGAAGCCUCAACAACACAUUUAUAGCGCAUAUAGACAUCAAAGAAUACAUUUACGUGAC